CCAACUAUUUCUGGAGAUAUCCAGCUGCGGGAUGUACAUUUCCACUACCCAACGAGACCAGAAGUGGAAAUCCUCAAGGGAAUUAACAUCCAUGUAAGACCUGGACAGACAGCAGCCCUUGUUGGGAUGAGUGGAUGUGGCAAAAGCACGAUUGUCUCCCUUAUUCAGAGAUAUUAUGAUCCAACCGAAGGCUCUAUAAUUGUGGAUGGCUUAGACGUCAGACAGUACAAUCUCAAGUCCCUACGUUCUAUGAUCAGCGUGGUCAGUCAGGAACCAGUUCUGUUUGACCGCACGAUUCGAGAAAACAUAGUCUACGGUUUGGAGCAGGAAGUUCCCAUGGCAGAUGUCAUAGCAGCAGCCACAACGGCGAAUGCACACAGCUUUAUAACCAAUCUGCCAGAUGGCUACAACACAAUGGUCGGGGAAAAGGGGACACAACUCUCAGGUGGACAGAAACAGCGAGUGGCCAUUGCCAGGGCCUUGAUCCGCAAUCCCAAGAUCCUUCUGCUGGAUGAAGCUACGUCUGCUCUGGAUACGGAGAGUGAAAAGGCUGUGCAGACAGCGUUAGACAAAGCCAGAGAAGGAAGAACAAGUAUCGUCAUUGCUCACCGCCUCUCCACCAUCCAAAAUGCUAACAUCAUCUACACAAUGGAGAAUGGCCGAGUUGUCGAAAGUGGCACACACCAAGAGCUGCUGGCAAAGAAGGGAGCCUACUCUCCAAGGGCAGAAGUUUCGAAAGGACAAUGA